CGACAUCAUCGCAUCGACUGUUGCCUGCCUCAGUCAGCAUCAAAGGCAGCUGACAGCGAUCUUUCCACCCGCUGACGAACACUCGGGGACACCUGUCUAUACACUAGCUCGGUAGCGGCCGCAGUAGCGCAGCUGCAGGUGCUCAGCGCCGGCUCGCUGUUGCCACGAUGCGCCUACUCGCCUAUGGCGCAUUCUCAGGCUUGCUGACAUCCUACAUCAUCUUCUCGGCCUUCAGGACUCGUUCCAACUUCUACAGCGCUGCAGUCUUCCUCGGACAGAGCCAUGCCUCCAUCCUUAUCCUAUGGAACUUUGGCCUCUUCUUCGCAAUCAUGCUCGCUAAGCUCGUUCAAGCCGUCUUCUUCGGCACACUCAGGAGCAUCGAGCUCGAGCGGCUGCACGAGAGGACAUGGUAUGCAGUCACGGAGUCGCUGCUCGCUCUCACCAUCUUCAGAGACGAGUUUGACACCAUGUUCGUCAUACUCUUCGUCACCUUGCUACUCGUCAAGAUGUUUCACUGGCUAGCGGCAGAUCGCGUCGAAUGGAUGGAGCAGAUGCCCAACGUCACCCGUCUGUUCCACAUGCGUAUGGCGGCAGUCAUCACAGCCUUACUCAUCAUCGAUGCUAUCGCCAUCCGCCUCACUGUGCGAUCCGUGCUUGUUGACGGCCCAUCAGUUAGCAUUAUGCUUGCUGCAGAGUACGCGAUACUGCUAGCGACUCUGUUCGCGACAGCGGCAAAGUAUGCUCUCAAUGUGGUCGAGAUGCGCUCAGAGCAAGCUUGGGAAGCAAAGUCGAUCCACUUGCUCCAUGUCGAGCUUGUGACUGAAUUCAUCAAGCUUGUGACUUACUCGCUCUUCUUUGCGCUCAUCGUCACCUUCUACGGCCUGCCGCUCAAUCUCCUCCGCGAUCUGUACGUUACCGCCCGAAGCUUCGUCCUCAAGGUCCGCGACCUGCGUCGAUACCGCGUUGCGACAAGAGACAUGGACACCAAGUAUCCCAAUGCGACUUUGUCAGAGCUCGACAACAUGACAGACAAGACCUGCAUCAUCUGCAGAGAGGAGAUGGAAGCCCGUCCCGGCAAUCCAGAGGACCGCCCGCCUCCUGUUGAAGGAGAUACGACCACUAGAAUCACUCAGCAGCCUCUACCGGCGCAGGGCCCGAACGACACGCCCAAGAAGCUCGCUUGCGGCCACGUGUUCCACUUCCACUGCCUCAAGAGCUGGCUCGAGCGUCAACAGAGCUGUCCCACCUGUCGACGGAGCGUCUUGACAGACCUGCCACCUGUUGCUCAGCCGGGGGUAAUGCCAGCGGGUCGACAGCCUCCUGCAGAGCUCAACCCUUUUGCUGUCAGACCGCCCGGCUUAGAGCGAAGGCACGCUGUCGGCAACGGCGACCCACCGAGAACGGAAGAGGCUGUUUCCACAUUGCCGUAUACGCCUCAUCCAAAUAUGCAAACCGAAAAUGCGCUUCGCAAGUUUAUCGCGUCGCGAGGUCCUGGUUACAGGAUCAUACCACCGUCGACCGGCUCGGCACAGCCAGCUGCAACACCCUCAAGUCAGCCAGGAUCGGCCAGCGAAGGUACGGCAGCAUUAGCUCCGACUUCUGAGACUGCUGCACAAUCAGGAAGCGCUGCGCCAUCUGCUUCCGUUCAUGAGCCAGCUGCUGUUGCGAGCGCAGACGCCAGCACGAGCGAUCCUCGCAAGGCAGCAGCAGAGGCAGCCUUGCGUCGUCUCGAGAGUCUUCGCCCCGCUCUGGGAAGAGCGGAGAGUACAAAGACGGUCAGACAAGCUAGUCCUGAGCUGAUUGUCCGCGCAACGCCCUUGCCAACAACGGACGAGCCGGUUGAGCCGCCAACUGUGACAGAAGCAAGCUUUGCGGAUAGCCUGAGCAAGGCAAAGGGCAAAGGCAAAGAGCGAGAACAUCAACGCGGCAUACGCUCUUUCCCGCGGUUGAUCCCCCUCUUCGAUAUCGAAGACGGCUCCGCCGAUCGUCCAAGCUUCACAAGGGAUCUGCAGACUUUCUUGCAGAAGUCUCGUCAUAGCGCAGAGUAUGCGUGUUCUUCUGCCCACGCUGAUCCGGCGCACGAAGCGGUGCAGAAGCAGCUCAGGACGCUUGUCGAAGUGCAGCAACAGAUUACUUCCUGCAUCGAGUCCAGUCUCAAGGCCCUGCAUCAAAUGCAGAGCAGCGAAGAGAACGCAGAAUCAGAAGCAUAG